AUGCCGGUGAUGAAGGGGCUGCUGGCGCCGCAGAACACCUUCCUGGACACCAUCGCCACCCGCUUCGAUGGCACACACAGCAACUUCAUCCUGGCCAACGCGCAGGUCCGCCGCGGCUUCCCCAUCGUCUACUGCUCCGACGGCUUCUGCGACCUCACCGGCUUCGCCCGCACCGAGGUCAUGCAGAAGAACUGCAGCUGCCGCUUCCUCUAUGGGGCCGAGACCAGCGAGCCCGUCCUGCAGCGCAUCGAGAAGGUGCUGGACGGCAGGCAGGAGUACCAGACCGAGGUCUGCUUCUACAAGAAGGGUGGAGCUGCCUUCUGGUGCCUGCUGGACAUCAUGCCUAUCAAGAACGAGAAGGGGGAGGUGGUGCUCUUCCUCUUCUCCUUCAAGGACAUCACAGAGAGCCGGGGCAGGAGCCACCCAGGCGACAAGGAGGGUGAGCCCCAGCGUGUCUUGUCCGCUGCAGAGAAGCAGAGGAGCAAGAAGCCCGGGAGCUCACACCUGCGGGCAGCACGGAGGCAGGGCCGGACAGUGCUGCACCGGCUCAGCAGCCAGUUUGCCCGGCGGGACCACGGCGAGAUGAAAAUCAACCGCAACGUGUUUGAGAACAAGCCGUCCAUCCCCGAGUACAAAGUGGCCUCGGUGCAGAAGUCCCGCUUCAUCCUGCUCCACUACAGCAUCUUCAAGGCCCUCUGGGACUGGCUGAUCCUGCUGGCCACCUUCUACGUGGCCGUCACCGUCCCCUACAAUGUCUGCUUCACGGGCACGGAGGACAGCCUCUCGGCCGCCCGCAGCACCAUUGUCAGUGACAUUGCCGUGGAGAUGCUCUUCAUCCUGGACAUCAUCCUGAAUUUCCGGACGACGUACGUGAGCCAGUCGGGCCAGGUGGUGUACGACCCCCGCUCCAUCUGCAUCCAUUACGUGGCCACCUGGUUCUUCGUGGAUCUGAUCGCCGCUCUGCCCUUCGAUCUGCUCUACGUCUUCAACGUGACCGUGACCUCGCUGGUUCACCUGCUGAAGACGGUGCGGCUGCUGCGGCUGCUGCGGCUGCUGCAGAAGCUGGACCGCUACUCGCAGUACAGCGCCAUGGUGCUCACCCUGCUGAUGUCCAUGUUCGCGCUGCUGGCCCACUGGAUGGCAUGCAUCUGGUACGUCAUCGGCCGCAAGGAGAUGGAGAGCAACGACCCCCAGACCUGGGACAUCGGCUGGCUGCACGAGCUGGGCAAGAGGCUGGAGGCUCCCUACAUCAACAACUCAGUGGGGGGCCCCUCCAUCCGCAGCGCCUACAUCGCCUCCCUCUACUUCACCCUCAGCAGCCUGACCAGCGUGGGCUUCGGCAACGUCUGCGCCAACACCGACGCUGAGAAGAUCUUCUCCAUCUGCACCAUGCUCAUCGGGGCGCUGAUGCACGCCGUCGUCUUCGGCAACGUCACAGCCAUCAUCCAGCGCAUGUACUCCCGCCGCUCGCUCUACCACACCCGCAUGAAGGACCUCAAGGACUUCAUCCGCGUCCACCGCCUGCCCCAGCAGCUCAAGCAGAGGAUGCUGGAGUACUUCCAGACCACCUGGUCGGUGAACAAUGGCAUCGAUGCUAACGAGCUGCUGCAUGACUUCCCCGAUGAGCUGCGUGCGGACGUGGCCAUGCACCUCAACAAGGACAUCCUGCAGCUGCCCGUCUUCGAGACGGCCAGCCGGGGCUGCCUCCGCUCCCUCUCGCUCCACAUCAAGACCUCGUUCUGCGCCCCGGGGGAGUACCUGCUGCGCCAGGGCGAUGCGCUGCAGGCCAACUACUUCGUCUGCUCCGGCUCCCUCGAGGUGCUGAAGGACAACGUGGUCCUGGCCAUCCUGGGAAAAGGGGAUUUGAUCGGAGCCGACCUGUGCAGCACGGACCAGGUGAUCAAGAGCAACGCGGACGUGAAGGCGCUGACCUACUGCGACCUGCAGUACAUCGGACUGCGGGGGCUCUGCGAGGUGCUGCAGCUCUACCCCGAGUACGCCAGCAAGUUCACGGCGGACAUCCACCAGGACCUGACCUUCAACCUGCGGGAGGGCAGCGAGAUGGAGGUGGGUGCGUGUCCUCCCUCGCAGGCCCCCUCCCGUCCUCACGGCCCCGGAGACCGGAGCAGGGCUGGGGCUCCGCACGGCCACGGCAGGGGAGUUUGUCCACUCCCUGCUCGUGGUCCCCAGGCUCCGAGGCUGGGGCAGGGGCUGCGGCUCCGGCACCGUCUGCUCUCCCCGCAGGGGCUCUGCCGCUACUCCCGGUCCCCGCGGCUGUCGCAGGCACCGCAGCCUCGUCUGGAGAGCGGUGCCGCCCCGGAGAAGCCCCUUCCCUCCAUCCUGGAGGACGAGGAGGAGCCCGACGAGGUCUUCCAGCACUCGCCCGCCACCAUCACCCGCCGCAAGCUGCUGCUGCCCCAGCUGAGCAGCCCGGCGCGCCACGGCUCCCUGAGCAGCCUCCUGGGCGAUGAGCUGUGCCAGAUCUCAGCCCUGCGGCGCAACUGCCGCUCCCCGGCCCGCUGCAGCGGGAGCCGCAGCCCCUCUCCACAGUGCCGGAGGGACACCCGGCUCCCGGAGCAGGAGGGUGGCGUGAGCAGGAGGCCGGCCAAGCUCCUCAUCCCCUCCCUGCACGCCUACGGCCCCCCGGACCUCAGCCCCAGAGUUGUGGACGGGAUCGAAGACAAUGGCGGGACAUCAGAGCCACAAACCUUCUGCUUCAACAUGGACCCCCCGCCGCAGAGCGCGGCGAGGGACUCCCCCACGUCAGGUACCUCCAGAACCGACACAGGCGGCCCAGCCCUGGCGAUGGAAGCAGAGGAGAUAAAGCAGAACAUCAGGAGGCUCAACCAGGAGAUCAACCACCUCAACCAGGAGGUUUCCCACCUCAGCCGGGAGCUGCAGCGCAUGAUGGAGCUGCUCCAGGGCCGCCUGGGCACCCCGCAGCCCCCCUGCCCCCACCGCCUGCCCGCAGCUGCCUCGCCGCCCCCCCGGCCCUCGCCACCCUCUGCCUCGGUGCCCCCCUCACCCCCACCCGUGCCCCCCAGCUCCUGCAGCUCCCCCUCCGCCAGCCCCCGGGCCAAACGCUGCCCUGUCCGCAGCCGCUCGGCCCACGCCACUGCCAGCCCCCCCACGCACCCCUGGGUGGGUGCCAAGGGGCUGUGCCCGCCGCGGGGGGACACCCCCAGCCCUGAUCCCCACCGGGCCUCGGACUUGCAGCCCCUCUCACUGCCGCCCCGCUCUGCCCACUCCUUCCCCGGCUGCUCGGCCGGUGGUCGGCCCCGCACCCACCCGCAGCCCCGCUCCAGCUCCACCAGCUCCCACUGA